CUGGUCUUUUGCUUAUUUAAAGCGGCAGCUCUCACGGGCGGCUGCUUUCGUCCGGCGGAUUUGGCGAGGGAAUCUUGUUUUAGGGUUUUGCAGCGAUGGGGAAGGCGAAGAAAGGCCCCAAAUUCGCCGUCGUGAAGAGGCUCGUGAGCUCCAAAACCCUUCGAAAAUAUAAGGAAGAAGUUCUAAACCCGAAGAAGAAAGAUCUCGAGAAGGACAAGCUUCCCCGGAACGUGCCGGCCGUUUCUUCAGCUCUGUUCUUCAAGUAUAAUACUGCACUUGGCCCGCCUUACAGGGUCAUCGUGGAUACUAACUUCAUCAACUUCUCUAUACAGAAUAAGUUGGAUUUGGAGAAGGGAAUGAUGGACUGCCUCUAUGCAAAAUGUACUCCUUGUAUCACAAACUGUGUUAUGGCUGAGCUUGAAAAACUUGGACAGAAGUAUCGUGUGGCUCUAAGGAUUGCCAAGGACUCUAGGUUUGAGAGACUACCCUGCACGCAUAAAGGAACUUAUGCUGAUGAUUGCAUUGUUGAAAGGGUCACUCAGCACAAGUGUUACAUUGUUGCUACCUGUGAUAGAGACUUGAAAAGAAGGAUACGCAAGAUUCCUGGAGUGCCUAUCAUGUACAUUACACAGCAUAAAUAUUCAAUUGAGCGGCUGCCAGAAGCCACAAUUGGUGGAGCUCCAAGAAUUUGAUGGCAAGGGUACUCUCAGCAAGUGGAGCCAUCUCUAUUUUAUGUCAGGUGCCAGCUGCUGGUUAUUAGUUCCUUUGUUUUUUUUUUUUUGUAUGUCUUUUCUGGAGGGAAAACUUUGCAGUAGAAUUCAUACUUUAGCGUCUGGAUAUUGCUGUCUUGCUGAUGUAGCUAACUAUUUUCCUGCCUGAAAUCUUAGUCGUUCAUAAUGUUUGGAUCUUUCGUAUGAUUUAUUGACAUCAAGAAGAAAAUGGAGUUCAUAAUUGGCACCUUUCGUUUGACUA